AUGACGACAUCUCGACUUGUGAAACGAAUAGCAGCAUUCGUGGAGCAGCAGCUCAAAAGUAACGACGCAUCGCAUGACUGGCACCACAUUGAACGUGUCUGGACGGUGGCAAGGAUGCUAGCAAAGGAGGAGCUCGUGCCCGAAGAAAAUCUAGAGAUUGUGGACCUGGCGGCACUGCUGCACGAUCUCGAUGACUGGAAGUACCAGAGCAACAAGGAAAAGCCUACGAAGCGGGCAGUGGCUAUCCUGCAGUCGGAGAAUGUACCAAGUGACAAGAUCAAACGUGUGAUGGACAUUAUCGACAGGAUGGGGUUCAAAGAGGAGCUAGAAAGCCAAACCACGGGACGUUUCGUGCUGCUUGAAACUAUUGUGGCAGCUACUAAUGUCUUUGUUUGCUGUCUGAAUCAUCAGGAAUCGUAUUCUGUUGAGUACGGCUGCGUCCAGGACGCCGACAGACUGGAUGCGAUUGGAGCUGUUGGAAUCGCUCGUUGUUUCACGUACGGAGGACACAAGCGGCGACCGCUCUAUGAUCCGAACGUACCUCCAAUCGAUAGCAUGACGAAGGAGCAGUACAUGGAUCCGAACCGUCCCAGUACUACCAUCAACCAUUUCUACGAGAAACUCCUAAAGCUUCGUGGCAUGAUGAAGACCAAAGCAGGGAAGCGUUUGGCCGAAGAACGUCACACCUUUAUGGAGACAUUCCUGGAUCAGUUCCACAAGGAGAUCAGCGGCAGAGGAUAG